AUGGCCUCUAGCGUACCCAGCAAACGCACAGCGGCGCCCACGUCCCUCACACCGCAUGCAAAGCCUGUGAUCACCGUCGAGGAGUGGGAGACUAAGGCACCCCUGGAUGACACGGAGACAAGGAGCGUAAACCGUCUAAAAGCCCUAACAGAGAAGGCUGCUCUCCCACCGAAGGUGCAUGAACCCGGUUCUUCAUCUCGCCCGUCAACCCCAGUACUACGUAACAAACUCGGUGGCAGCUCGCGUCCGUCCACUCCCAACCUCUUCUCUAACCGGCACCAGGCUGCCCAUGCCCUUCAUCCCAAACAACCCAUCCAGACGCCACAGCAGUUCUACGAUUGGUUCGCGCUCAUCGACCGCUCGGUCGCGCACAGCCAGGAGGCACACUUCCGCGCCCACUUGGAGAGCGUGUCUGAGCAGCUAGAGACAUGCGACCGGCUCGUGCAGCGGAUAGACGAGGUGGACGACGCGAUAGAGGACAUGCUGCGCGAAUGGCGAAUCGUGGAAGAAGGGGGGAGGAGUCUGAAGGAGGCUUGUGAGCAGCAGCUUGACGAGCGGAAUCACUUGCUCGAAAUGUCGGAGGCCAUUGGGCAGCGGCUGGAAUACUUCCAGGAGCUUGAGCAUGCCACUCGUAUGCUAAACUCACCAGGAGAUUCCCUCGUCCUGCAAACCGACUUCCUAUAUAUGGUGGAGCGGGUGGACAUCUGCAUCGAGUACUUGAAGGAGCAUCGCCAUUUCAGGGAGGCCGAGGUUUACCUCCUCCGGUUCCAACAAUGCAUGACGAGAGCCAUGACGCUCAUAAAAAUGUACUUUGUCGGCUCACUCAAGGCGCUCACAGUCGACGUCACGAAGCGCAUAUCCGAGAAGGAUGUGUCAGUUACAGCACAGCAGCACCUGCUAUACACCCGGUUCUAUACAGUAUCGGAACGGUUGGCACCGCUACUAGCAGAACUCGAGCGAAGAGCAGCGGUCCAUCCUGAGGAGUUGUCGUCGCUCCUUGCCGAGUGCCAUGCCGCCUACUUCGCCGCCCGUAAGGGUCUGUUAGUGAACCGGCUUACAGAGGAGAUCAAGGGCCUAGACCCCACGAGAACAGAACUCGUAGAGCUGACAAGGGCAGGCUGCAGCUAUCUCAAGCAGCUAUGCACAGACGAGUUCGACCUGUUUCGCGUGUUCUUCAACUCGGGCGAGCAAGAGCUGUACCACUACCUCGAAAAUCUGUGUGACUACCUCUACGACGACUUACGCCCACGCAUCCUGCACGAGCCGCGGCUCACCGCGCUUUGCGAGGUCUGCACAGUUCUCCAAGCGCUCAUGGUGCUCGACGUGCCUGCACUGCCGGAGGACGACUCCGACGCGGACGCAGACGAGGACGCGGGCGACGUGCUCAAACUCGACUUUACCGACCGCCGCACAGGCACACGCGGCCUGCGUGCGCUGCAGGUCAGCCAUCUGCUGCAGAUGGUGCUCCAGGACGCGCAGACGCGCUUGUUUUUCAAGGCUCAGUCAGUAAUCCAGUCCGACAUCCGGUACUACGUAUCGAAGGCGGAGGACAUCGCAUAUCCCGAGAAGCUGCUUAGUGAGUGCUGUGACGGGUGCGAGGCGCGGAAGCCCCUGACGGGACUCGAGAUCAAGGAAAAGGAGAGCGUGAGCCAGCUGUUCCAGCUCAAGACGCUCAACAAGCAGGACACAUGGUACCCCACGCUCGGCAAGACCGUCUGGGUGCUGUCGCAGCUGCACGACUUUGUGAAGCCGGCCAUCUUCGACGACCUCGCCCGCGAGGCCGUCAACCUCUGCCGUCAAUCGCUCGUCAAUGCCGCUGAGACACUCAAGUCGAAGAGCCCGCCCGGGUCCACGCUCGACGGGCAGCUCUUCCUCGUGCGGCACCUCCUCAUCCUCAAGGAGCUCACGCAGAACCUCGAUCUCGCGCACACGAGCCCUGAGCGCGGGAUUGAUAUGUCCGGUGUGACAGGUGCGUGUGCCCUCGUCUCGUACGCCACGCUGCCAAUAUGGGGAGCUGAGACGCUGACGGCGGGGCAGGGCAUCGACCAGGAGCUGAAGCGCGCGUGCGAAGACGUGAUCGCGUCCUGCGCGGACCCUGUCUGCACCCCGGUCCGCGCAUGGAACGAGCGUGUGUGGGCGUACCGCGCGCCCGGUGCGCAGACCCAGCAGCCCAUCACCUCGCAGCCGUGGGCGACGCCCGCCGCGCUGUCGGCCAUGUACACACAGUUCCGCAGCGCGUGUGCGGCGGAGCUGCGCGGUGCGGUGGGUCGUCUGCGGCUGUACUUGGAGGACGAGCGGACGGUGGGCGUGCUCGUGGGGCAUGUGCAGGACCGGAUCGUGGACGACUGGCUGGAGUGGCGGGCGGCGGUGCGGCAGGUGUAUGGGGCGGGCGGGGAGGUUGAUAUUGGGACGGAAGACAGCGUGAAGGCUCUACUGAGAGAGGUGUGCGACGAGAAGGAUGAAAGCGCGGCGGGGGGGUCCGCUCCUGCAUAG